AUGAGCAGCGGCGGUGGCCUGCUCGAGGGCGCCGGGGGCAGCGCGGGGGGCUUCAGGUCCAAGGGCGGCAUGGACGGGGUCACCGAGGGCAUCUGGGUGUGGUCGGAGCCCUUCGUGCGCGUCGUGCAGCGGGGCCCUGUCGCGGAGAGUGUUGCGGUCAUCCUCAUGGAUACUCAGGGCGCUUGGGACGGCAGCAUGACGAAGGAGCAAUUUGGAGAGCAAAACGCGUGCACCCGUACCCGCCGUCCCUACUCCAGCCUCCCUCCCUCCCUCGUCCCCGCCAGAGGCAUGGGGCAGGUUGGUGCACCCCUUUUGCUUCCCGUGGUCGGCAACGGUGUUUGGCCUCACGGCUGUGCUAUCAUCCAAGUUGAUCUACAACGUAAACAUGCAGGUGCAGGAGGACAAGAUCGAGAAUCUCGCUUUCUUCGCUAG